AUGUCUACAGAACAGCCUCGUACCCCAGAUCGCUCAGCUCUUGGCGAAUCCUGGGUGAUAGCAUCAACUGUUUCUCUGAAGGAAAAAGACCCCACCAAAACUCGAAAUCGCCGGCAUGAAAGCGACAAAGCGACCAGAAAGACGGCCAAUCCGUCAGCAGAGUCACCCACAUCCUCAUCAUCAUGGACUAUAUCAGGCCCGGAGCUCAUCAUGCCCUCUAUCUGCGAAGCACCUAACAUAGACGGGUCUUGGGUAGAAUAUGUACGGACUCCGAUGCAGCAAGGCCCAGAAAGCAUGAAAAAACGACGCAAAGUGUCCACGCCGAAUGAUGUAAAGCAGAAAGAGCAAGACCAGACCACUAAAGCUGGAGAUGCAGAUGCUGGUUUGUCUGCAGAGACGACCCCCACCAAACAAGCAAGCCUAGUCGUGAAAUGCAAAUCCAUCUUUCGUGGCCAUAGUGCCCUCGUCCGCAAAGCAGUCAACGCAGUGUUGAUCGCCUUUAUCUUGCAUCUGCUAGUUCUCCCCGAGGUAGUCUACCAAGCCAAAGACCUCUGCCGUAUCCCAAGCAUCAAGACUCUCUACCCCAACAGCUGCAUCACCCUCCCUGCAUACCAACCACGCAGCGCCUACCCUCCAUCCACAACACCCCGAGAGGAGACUCUCGCAACCGCCCAGCGCCAGCUAGAAUCCAUAUUCGACACGGCCCUCGAAACCCUCACACCUCUAUCCGCAAUCCUCAAACAAAGCGAAAGCAUGCUCGCUGACCUAGAAUCGCAACUGAAAACAACCUUCCCAGACGCCCGCAACGCGCUGGAUCUCGAAUUCACCGGCAGCAACCAAGCCGUCCAAACAGCAGUCUGGGAAUUCGACUCUCUCCGCGCCGACCUACGCUCCGCAAUCGACAGCCUGCUCGCCUCCCGACCAGCAACCGAAAUAAGCGGCACCGCAGCUCUAGACACACGACUCGCGAUACAGCUGCGACGACGCGAAGAGUAUCUAGACCGACUGCGCGCGCAGAUCCGCAGCAAAGCAGACUCCCUCAGCACGCGAUUCAUAACAAUAGACGACCACCUCGAAGCGGUGGACGGGAUCGUAACACGCGAAGAACGGCGGAGUUCAACAUUGCACAAUCACCGAUCUGCAUCUGAGGACAGCAGCAGCGAUAGGCUAUACUCCGUACUCGAUUCGCUCCCGCUGGGACCCUUCGGGGCAUAUUUGUUCCGGGGGCGAUCGUCAGGAGAUGCAGAUGCCAAUGCAGAUGCACUGACGGAGUCGUCAUCGUCUGCCGUGUCCUCUACCGCAUCCACCGAACCCACAUCUACACCCCGGCCCGCCGCAACUCUUGCCUUGCUCAGGGUCGCGGCCACGCACCACCGUCCUGUUGCUGACUCGGUGUUGCGGUUAUCACGCCAGUUAAAGGAUGUGCGACGUGCGACUGGGGCUGGGUCCACUUGGUGA